UGCAUUGCUAUGAGGCGGGAGAAGUGUGUGGAGUGCUACAUCCCGGGAGGAAGUUAAUAUGUGAAAUCAGGGAACCGUCUAAUGCAACACCUCUUAUGUGUCUCUAUGUUCAGGAUUACGAGACCAGGUGUGCCGUUACAGCACAGAUACGCUGUCGAGAGGCUCAGAUUCGAUUGGCGCUAUGAGUACUAACAAAUCCGACACAAAAAGUAUCCAGCUCACAGAGCAACAUGCAGUGUUCAGAAACCUCAAGAACGCGAAGGGUUUUGCCAUCGAUAUUGGUGGUUCUCUGACAAAGAUAGCUUACAACUCAACUGUUUCGCAGAAACGAGCAGUUUACAAUGCUGACUGCGACAAGAAUGGUGAGCAGGACCACUGCUGCAAUGAGCAAAAUGCAGACGUCGCGGAAACGGACGUUGAAACUGCGAGGCUCCACUUUGUUAAAUUUGAGACCAAACAUAUUGAAACCUGUCUGAGCUUCAUUAAGGAGAACCUGAUGGUAAGCAAAGAGACCAUGCAGGGAAGCACAAUCAAGGUCACCGGAGGAGGAGCCUUCAAAUAUCGUGACUUGAUCUCCAAAACCUUGGGCCUGCAUGUUGACAUGGAAGACGAGAUGAAGUGCCUUAUCGAUGGCUGUAAUUUUCUGCUGAAGAACAUCCCUGACGAAGUUUUCGAAUAUCAUCGUCACGGCAACCCUGAGUACAAAUUUAACAACACCGAUCCGAGGUUGUUCCCAUAUCUGCUCGUGAACAUCGGAUCGGGUGUCAGUGUGUUGAAGGUAGAAUCAGAAGAAAAGUAUGAGAGGAUAGGGGGCUCAGCAACGGGUGGCGGAAGCUUCUGGGGUCUGGGUUCAUUAAUGACAAAGGCUAAGGGCUUCGACGAGCUUCUGAAGUUGGCGGAGUCUGGAGAUCACCGCAGCGUGGACAUGCUGGUGAAAGAUAUUUACGACGGGGACUACAGAGCACUGGGCCUCACUAGUGACCUCAUUGCGUGCAGCUUUGGGAAAGCAAUUCGUACCCUGGGUGACAAUGGAUUCAGUACUCAAAAAUUCAGUGAAGCUGACAUAGCAAGAAGCCUGCUAUUUAUGAUUAGCAACGACAUAGGCCAGAUUGCCAGCCUUUACGCCAUGAUGCAUAAGCUCAAGCGUGUCUACUUCGGAGGCUACUUCCUUCGGGGCCAUCCUCUUUCCAUGCACACCAUCUCCUUUGCUAUCAACUUCUGGAGCAAGGGCGAAGUUCAGGCUUCCUUCUUGAGACACGAAGGCUACUUGGGUGCCGUCGGAGCUUUUCUCAAGGGGGCCAAAAAUGACACUGAAAAGUACUCGUGGGGUGAAAAUUAUGCUGGAAGCUCAGGCCUGCAGAGCCCAAUUCCAACUCAACUGUCUCUGCAUAAUAAUACAAUGAUUGAUCAGCUGGAAAUGGACCGGUUUGACUGGCAGCUAGUUUACUGCCCUCUUCUGCUAGAUCCAGCAGGAUAUCACGCAGACACUGUGGAUUUGACACGUGACGCCGAGGCUCGCACCUACUGGUUGAACUGCUUCGAAGAUGCAAUAGACAAGUUUGUAGAAGUGGCCGUCCGCAGUCAACCACACAAAGGAGACGCCCUUGCACGUGCGUUGAUGUUCAAAGAGAAGUACAUCCGCAGGCUACAGCACCUCCACGAGCACCCCUUCGCAUAUGGGUCCUUGACAGUGAGAAGCCUCUUGGACAUGCGAGAACAUUGCCUUAUCGAGUUCGAUUUUCCCGACCCUUAUUUGCAGCAAAAGCAUCUUGAGAAUGAGGAAGCCCUGAAACACCUGCACAAACGCUUACUCUACUUGGAUACGUUGCCAUGGCAAGAGAAACAGGAAGCUGUUGUGGUUGGGCUCUUAGCGGGAAACGUCUUCGACUGGGGCGCCAAAGAAGUGGCCAAGCUCAUGAAUGGAGGCGAUUUCGGCUUUGGAGAUGCUCGGGGAAGACUACAAGCACGUCCCUGGCUGAUGGAUGACCUGGAUUCCUGGAUACAACGACUCCGCGGACUGCCUCACCAUUGCGCUGCCAUAUUUGUUGACAACAGUGGUAUGGACGUCGUGCUCGGCGUCCUUCCUUUCGCUCGAGAGCUUCUCUCUAGAGGAACCAAGGUCCUGCUGUGCGCCAAUACUCGUCCUGCCCUGAAUGAUGUAACAUUUGAAGAGUUGCAAAUCCUCAUAAAGCGUGUGUCGAAGGUCUCUCCAGAGAUUGAAAGUGCAGUUCAAAGCGGCCAGCUGCUAGUGUUGGACUCUGGUCAGAGUUCGCCGUGUCUUGACCUCAGCCGCAUCAACCUGGCUGUGGUGGAGCACAUGCAACGCCUCAAGACAGAUUUGAUUGUGCUGGAAGGGAUGGGGCGUGCCGUGCACACGAACCUCCACGCUCGUCUCUCGUGCGAGGCCAUCAAGGCAGCCGUGCUGAAGAACCAGUGGCUGGCACAGCGACUGGGAGGCGAAAUGUUUUCAGUUGUCUUCAAGUACGAAGCCGCUUCAGCUGCUCGCACGUGAGAGCAUCUUCGUGUUCUUCUAAAUUGUGUUCAAGUCGUGGAAAAGAACUUCGAUGCCGAGCGGCAGCAAGCUACCUCUCGUUAAUUUUAAUUCAAUGUACCGGAAUAUAAGUGUCCCAAGUACUUAACAGACAUAUUCCAGAUGCCUGCCACUGAUAUUUUGUAACACAUGGUAGCCAUGUCUUUCCAGAGCAGAGGGAAGAGAGUAUUGAGCUUCCUCACACAAUAAUGACAGAUGUCACUCUGUGUUGCGUAGCUGCAAAAGCAACAUCUUGGAGAACCCUAGCUGUAAUGUGAUCUUGUAUUUGACCUGAGUUCUCUUCUACCAAAAGCUUUUGAUGCCGUCAGCACACACAAGCACUAUUAUUAUUGUCUGCUAUCUGACACCGUAAAUGUAAUGAUCUCUGUUGCAUUGUUCAUGCUAUAAUUUGCAUAAUCCCUCGUUCAUUUAAGUACAGAUCGAAAUGCACAUAUUGUGUAUCUGCUUUGAAGGUACAGUGCUGCGGGAAUUGGGAUAUAUUGUCGCAUAAGUUAAAGGUGUCUAAUUUAUAUUGUUAUGUUAGGUACAUAUUAGAUGGGAUUGUAAAUAAGCUGUACAGUAUUUAGGAGUGUUGUACAUAGAUGGUGUAACACGAAAGGAUAAGUAACCAUGCUUUGAAAUAAAACGCUAUUUUGAUGUGA